AUGGCAGGGUUGCUUCCCUUCCGCGAUAUCAACGUGCAUGCUUCGAGCGCCCAUUAUGCCUUCACAUCCCCCUCCAAUACGACUGCGCCGACAUUGGUUGUCGAGCGACCAUCAGGCGACAUCAGACUGAAUAAUGGCCAACUCUUGGGAACGAAGCGGGUAUCGAGUAUUGCUGGCAUUUUGGGGAUUAUCAAGCUUAAGCUCGACAAGUACAUUAUUGUUAUUACAAAAGCUGAGCCCAUGGGCAGGUUGCGAGGACAUAUGGUAUAUCGAGUAGUUGCGACAGAGUUUCUUCCAUUGCGAGAGAGACCUCUACACGAUCCAGACGAAGACACCUAUCUCACGUACCUGAAGUUACUGCUGCACAACGGUCCCAUGUACUUUUCCUACUCCAUCGACCUCACCAACUCCUUCCAGAGACAAGCACAGGCCGACCUCUCACAGCCACUAUGGACAAGGGCAGACGACCGCUUCUUCUGGAACAGAUUUGUGCAGACCGAUUUGAUCGACUUCAGGCUGGGAGGAGGCAGUGGAAGUGGCACAAGAGGAGGACAGCAACCAGGUGCAGAUCCUUAUAUCCUCCCCAUCAUGUUUGGCAUGCUGCGCAUUACACCUGCAAAGGUCCGAAGCACCACUUUUACCUUUGCUCUGAUGACCAGGAGGUCACGCCACAGAGGUGGUACUCGAUACUUCUCUAGGGGUAUAGAUGAACACGGUCACGUAUCCAACUAUAACGAAACCGAGCAGAUCGUCAUCUUGAACGAUACUGCAGGACCUGCUGUAGGCUAUGCUGGCAGCGACACUUCAACGGGUAAAGUUGCAGGAUCAACUUCAGAAACUCAGAUCAUGUCAUAUGUGCAAACUCGUGGUAGUGUACCAGUCUUCUGGGCAGAAAUCAACGAUUUGCACUACACUCCAAAACUUCAAAUUCGAGGCGUUGAUACUGCUCAGAAGGCUGCAAGGAAACAUUUCCUCGAGCAAAUCAGAAUCUAUGGUGAGAACUAUCUUGUGAACCUGGUAAACCAAAGAGGUCGUGAAGAACGCGUCAAGAAAGCAUACGAACAAAUGGUGCGAGCUCUAGUCAGCGCACCCGAGGAGGAUGUUGAAGCCGACAGAAAGACAUCAGAGUUGUUCCACGAGAUUGAGCCGAAGGGGGGGAAGCAGCGCAUGGACAAACUCCAUUACAUUUAUUUUGACUUCCACAAUGAGACGAAGGGCCUGAAAUGGCACAGAGCUCAACUCCUCCUUGAUCAGCUUAUGGACGGACUUAACAAGGGCGGGUAUUUCAAGGGCGUCGAAAUGCCAGGCAAUACAGAGGCCCUCGAUGUGCGGUUACGGCAGACGGCAGUGGUCAGCGACGAUCUCGCCUUCGAGCAUCUCUACCGAAAUAUCUGGGCCGACAACGCUGAUGUUGUUUCGAAAUCAUACUCUGGCACCGGAGCACUGAAGACCGACUUUACAAGAACCGGAAAUAGAACACGGAUGGGCAUGGCUCAAGAUCUUAACAACUCGGUGACGAGAUACGUGAAGAACAACUUCCUUGAUGGACCUCGACAGGAUGCUUUCGACGUGUUUCUUGGAGCAUACCUGCCAUCUACUGCUGGAGUCGGUACAGCACAGACCUUUGUCGACAAACGACCGCUGGUCGUGCAAGCUGUUCCCUACAUCCUUGCAGCCAUGGUAUUCAUCGUUUUCGUCUUCUUGAUGACCUCUCGAGCACCGGACGCAACAGUAUGGCCUAUACGAAUAUUCAUGCUUCUCUGCGUUGGUGUUGCGGCAUGGUCGGCACAAUUCAUUCUCGCCAACGGAAUGUUAUUCGUGAACUGGCCAAAAUUGAACACGCCUCAAUACGCGAUAGAAGGCUUCUCCAAUGCUAUGACCCGAGCUCAGAAAGACCCUGUGCUGGCUAAAGUCCUUCAGGCAGUCCCAGGAAAUGCUAAGCGCGUACGAAACAUAAGUCAGACCAACGUGGGUUAUAUGGAAGAGGGCAAAAAGCGGAUGGAUUAG